AAAUUAGAGUAAUUUUUGAAGCCAUGAGUUUUUGUUUUCCUUCCUGGGUAACCAUGGAGUUGUAAAAUUUCGUUAGUUACAAAUGCAUCCAUGUGUUUUCCCUUAUGAAAAACGCUGGAAAAGCAUUUCUUCGUAGACAUACAGAGUUGACAAAACCUAUGAUGACAAGAACCGAAAACAAAAGAGGAUGAACAAUUCAAAAUUGGCUGUUAUUUGACCUGGUACAAAAUAGGCUCUUCUUUAAUUGUUGACUUUGCUUUCAAUUGGCACCCCUUGUGGAGUUGCUUGGGGCAUGGGCUCUCACUCACAUGUCUGGUUUCCAUUAGAUACAUGCUUCAAAAAGGCCUUUCCCCAUUUUUUGGCUGUAAGCCUGCGAGUGUGAAAUUUGCAGUCGUAUUUGAAGAGUCGUAUCAGAGUGAUCAUCAUGCCAUGUUGAAUUCACAUGUUUAUGCCAAUUUUAGACUGUAGGGUUUGUAAAUAUAUAAAGCUCCGUCCAUUCCCUCUACUGUUUGGGGUUAUGGUGACUUUUGUUCAUUACCCAUCGUGUCAACAAACACGUUAAUUACAAGUUGUGGGAACCCUGGAUAACCAAUGGCCACCCACAAAUUUUGAUCAUGUAGUUAGAUCUCUAAGAUUAAUAAUUACUCAAGACCCCAAGUCGUUUCCAAGAAUUCCAUGUUCUCUUUUCUCAACUCGUGGCCUGACCAACCGGCCGGCCACCAUUCUUCCCGUCUACCCAUUUGGGAAAACAUACAGAAUGAUGUGAGUUUAAGUUGAAAAGGGUUUUUGCACCCCUGUUUUCUUCUUAUGGUGGUAUAUGCAUCCACAAUUAAGACCGAAAAACCGACAAAUUUUCCUCAUAAAUUCAGAUUAUUACACCGUAAAUUAUUGUCCUAAAGAAUAAAACAAAAUGAGCGCCCACCAACAUGAUGCAAGUUGUGUUUUUUUUCUCCACACAAAAUCAACUUGGAGCCUUCAAUUUUGUGGGUGGGGGGGCCAAAAUUUGUAAAGUCACAGCCCUGCUGCAUUGUAGCUUUUUGGUCUUUUGAUUCCUAGUAACAAUCCAUGCCUAAAAUCAAACACCAGCCCCUCAACCCCCUGCCCCUUUUAAAGGGUCACAUGGAUCUCCCCAGAGGGGCGUCCCCUGGUAUAUACACUGGCAAAGUAGUAUAUUUAUGUACUUAUUACAUAGCGAUAAAAACACCCAUAUAUGAUUACUAAUAAAAAAAAAAAAAAAUCCCUCAUUUCAAUGUGUAGGAUCUUGUAUGGAAGUUCCGUACAUAGGAAUCAUAUUGUGACAAAAAAAUGGAGUUGGUGGAAGAAGGCAUCCAAGGAUGAGAACCUCCUUUUUCUCAAAUUGAGCCCUUUUGGGCCGUUUCCACCGUGCAUACGUUAUCGUAAGGCCGUACGUAUAUGCCUUGGGUGCCUGAAUUCUGAUUAAUUAGUGUAUGCGUAUACUAGUGUAAGUAAUUAAUAUAGAGUUUAUGCAUAGCAGACGACCAAAUACAGAGGACUGGAAUACGGGCUUUUGAGAGAGAGAGAGAGAGAGUUUGAGAGGGAUAGGAAUGACGCAACAGUGAAUUUCCAUUAGAUUCCAAUUUUUGUUCACCGACUUCCCCAAUGAACGGCCUUGGCUUUUCUCUCCUAUCUCACCUCUCCUCUCAUUACUUAUAUUAAACUCUCCCCUCCUUUGCUCUCUCAUUCACCACCUUCUCUCUUUCUCUCUACCACCAUACUCCUAACAAACACUUUUGAGUCCAAUGGCAAUGGAGUGUUGCACUUCAACAAUGCUAAUGCCUCCUCCCAGGCCUCCCCUGAAGCCCCUAGAUGAAGCCAAUACUCAACACCAGUCUCUAGUGUUUGAUGCCUCCGUUCUUAAAUACCAAUCCACCAUACCAUCACAGUUCAUAUGGCCUGAUGAGGAGAAGCCCUGUGCCAAGCCACCUGAGCUUCUUGUUCCUCCCAUUGACUUGGGAGGCUUCCUCUCUGCAGAUCCUCUUGCCAUCUCAAAUGCGGCUCGUCUUGUCAAUGAGGCAUGCAGGAAGCAUGGCUUCUUCCUUGUUGUGAAUCAUGGUGUGGAUGCACAGCUUGUCACUGAAGCGCAUAAGAACAUGGACUUCUUCUUCAACAUGUCACUCUCUGAGAAGCAAAGAGCUCAGAGAAAGGUUGGUGACCACUGUGGAUAUGCUAGUAGCUUUACCGGCAGGUUCUCCACCAAGCUCCCUUGGAAAGAGACUCUUUCUUUUCGAUAUUGUGAUGAUGAUCAAUCCUCAAGGAUCAUUGAGAAAUAUUUCUCAAAUGUGAUGGGCGAAGAUUUCAAACAGUUCGGGAGGGUGUACCAGCAAUAUUGUGAAGCCAUGAGCAGACUCUCUCUUGGGAUCAUGGAGCUUUUGGGCAUGAGCCUAGGUGUUGGCCGCGAGUAUUUCAGAGAAUUCUUUGAAGGAAAUGAUUCAAUAAUGAGACUAAACUACUACCCACCAUGCCAAAAACCCAAUCUAACUCUUGGAACCGGGCCUCACUGUGACCCUACAUCAUUGACAAUCCUGCAUCAGGAUCAGGUGUCUGGCCUUCAAGUGUUUGUAGAUGAAAAAUGGCACUCAAUCAGUCCCAAUCCAGAAGCUUUUGUUGUCAACAUCGGUGACACAUUCAUGGCCCUAUCAAAUGGGAUUUACAAGAGUUGCCUGCACAGAGCAGUGGUAAAUAGCCAAACUCCAAGGAAGUCUCUGGCAUUCUUUUUAUGCCCAAAGAUGGAGAAGGUGGUGAGCCCACCAAAUGGGCUGGUGGACGCCAACAAUCCAAGGAUAUAUCCCGACUUCACGUGGUCAUCGCUGCUUGAAUUCACGCAGAAACAUUAUAGGGCCGACACGAAAACCCUCCAUGUCUUCUCAAACUGGCUUCAACAGAAAAACAACUGAAAAGAUGCAAGUAACCGGUGAUUGUGAUCGCUCCAUAUAUCAUCCGAUAGGACUAGGAAAGUGACAUGAUAGGUUGGGACUUGCCACUCUUGGGUUGGAGGAGAAAGUCAAAAGAUAAACCAAAGAGGAAAGGCCACUUCUGUUAUUAGCUCUUAUGUUUUAGUAUGCAAAGAAUCAUAUUAAUGAAGCCAUUUGUGUAGCAAUAAAGACCAAGCUCCCAUCUAUACAUUCCCUCUUAUUUU